GACUGUUGUUCAACAACCACCUCGACGUCGUACCUCACGUCGUCCCCUUCCUCUCCUACAUCUCCGUAGACGCAAGAGGACCUCUGGAAACUCCUUCUGGUUCAUUGCUAGGCAGUAUUUGACUGUUUUUGAUACCUCUCUGGCCUCGCUUAUUCAGCUCGCCUGGGUUCCAACGAAAAUCUCGCGAAAAGUCUCCUGUGUCGCCGACAGCUGCCUUGGGAAUCGCGUAUCGGGUGCUUUGUGCACUGAAAUAGAUAUUUACAGCUUGCCUACUCUACUCUUGUCUUUUCUUUCUAGUUCGCCUACUCGUAUUGUCGCGUCUCUCGUGCACCUGUCGACUCCUGUGAAAUCCCCAUCUCCAAGAUGCUGGGUCAUCAAUUUGCGUAUUCUGCGGCCCCGAUCCGCAAGGUGAAGGAGGUGCAAUUCGGUAUCCUGUCGCCUGAGGAGAUCAAAGCCUAUUCGGUCGCCAAGAUUGAACAUCCGGAAGUUAUGGAUGAAAGUUCUCACAAACCCAAGAUGGGUGGCUUGAUGGAUCCUCGGUUGGGUACUAUCGACCGGAAUUUCAAGUGUCAGACGUGUGGAGAGGGUAUGUCGGAAUGUCCAGGACAUUUCGGUCACAUCGAAUUGGCCCGUCCCGUUUUCCAUCCUGGGUUCAUCGUAAAAGUGAAGAAGAUAUUGGAGUGUAUAUGUGUAAAUUGCGGAAGACUGAAAGGCGACAUCUCGGACCCAAACUUCGCAGAUAGAAUCAGGCAUGUCCGCGAUCCCAAAGCUCGCAUGCAAGUCGUGUGGGCCUUCUGCAAGAGCAAAAUGGUUUGUGAGCCUGACGAGCCCAGAGAAGAGAACGAGAACAUGGACGCAGAUGAGCCGAAAAAGGGCCACGGAGGAUGUGGCGCUGCGCAACCGCUCAUCCGAAAAGAGGGUUUGAAGUUAUUCGUGCAAUACAAACGUUCGAAGGACGAGGACGAGGAGGUGAAAUCUCUUCAACCUGACAAGCGACUAUUCCCACCACAUGAGGUUUACACUGCGUUGAAGAAGAUCUCCGACUCUGACCUUCAUAUCCUCGGACUUUCGGAUGAGUAUGCUCGUCCAGAAUGGAUGAUCUUAACGGUCUUGCCUGUCCCUCCUCCUCCCGUGCGUCCUAGUAUAGCGGUUGACGGUGGAGCCAUGAGGAGUGAGGACGACUUGACGUACAAGCUGGGCGAUAUCAUAAAGGCGUCUGCAAAUGUCCGUCGUUGCGAGCAAGAAGGUGCACCUGCCCAUGUUAUCACGGAGUUUGAGCAACUCCUUCAGUUCCAUGUCGCUACUUACAUGGACAAUGAUAUCGCUGGGAUCCCUCAAGCAUUGCAAAAGUCAGGCAGACCUGUGAAGGCUAUCCGUGCACGUCUAAAGGGCAAGGAAGGUCGACUGCGGGGAAACCUGAUGGGUAAACGUGUUGAUUUCUCGGCACGUACUGUCAUCACCGGCGAUCCGAAUCUCGAACUGGACGAAGUUGGUGUGCCGAGGAGCAUAGCGAUGAAUUUAACUUACCCUGAACGAGUGACGCCGUACAACAUCGCCUACCUGCAAGAACUCGUCCGAAAUGGUCCUACGACGUAUCCCGGUGCUCGUUACGUGGUCAAGGAUACAGGCGAACGUAUCGACUUGCGAUAUAACAAGCGAGCAGAUGCGUUCCUUCAGUAUGGUUGGAUCGUGGAGCGUCAUCUUAAGGAUGGAGACUUUGUGCUGUUCAAUCGACAACCUAGUCUUCACAAAAUGAGUAUGAUGAGCCAUCGUGUCAAGCUCAUGCCCUACUCCACAUUCCGACUAAACCUCUCCGUUACACCGCCUUACAAUGCCGACUUCGACGGCGAUGAGAUGAACAUGCAUGUUCCGCAGAAUGAGGAGACUCGUGCCGAGCUCAGUCAGAUUGCUUGGGUACCCCGGCAGAUCAUCUCACCGCAGGCGAAUAAGCCAGUUAUGGGAAUCGUCCAAGAUACCCUUUGCGGUAUUCGCAAGUUCACUCUACGAGAUUGCUUCUUGGAUUGGACGCAGGUCCAAAACAUUCUGCUUUGGGUUCCCGACUGGGACGGUUCAAUACCUACACCGGCGGUCAUUAAGCCGAAGCCGUUAUGGACGGGCAAGCAGAUCCUUAGUAUGUGCAUACCCCGCGGCAUCAACAUCCACCGAUCUCCUGAUCCGAAGUCUGCGAACCCCGUCUUUGACGAUGGUAUGUUGAUUGAGAACGGAGAAAUCCUCUUCGGUAUCGUCGAGAAGAAGACCGUUGGUGCCGCACAGGGAGGUCUCGUUCACGUCGUCUUCCGUGAGAAGGGUCCGGAGGCGACUCGCACUCUCUUCACCGGCCUGCAGCAAGUAGUCAAUUUCUGGCUGUUUCACAAUGGGUUCAGUAUCGGCAUUGGUGAUACCAUCGCUGACAAGAAGACGAUGGCGCACAUCACAGACCAGAUCGCCCAACGUAAACGGAACGUAGUGCAGAUCAUUGACGAUGCCGCUCACGACCGUCUCAAGGCGCAACCCGGUAUGACCAUUCGAGAGUCGUUCGAGAGCAAGGUUGAGCGCGAGUUGAACUUGGCUCGUGACCAGAAUGGUCAAUAUGCGCAGAAGAACUUGAAGGAGGACAACAACGUCAAGCAGAUGGUGGUGGCUGGAUCCAAGGGUUCAUUCAUCAACAUCUCGCAAAUGUCCGUUUGCGUCGGCCAACAGAUUGUCGAAGGUCGUCGUAUACCCUUCGGUUUCCGUCAUCGUACCCUCCCCCAUUUCACCAAGGAUGACUUCAGCCCCGAAGCUCGUGGAUUCGUCGAGAACUCGUACCUGCGCGGAUUGACUCCCCAGGAAUUCUUCUUCCACGCCAUGGCCGGUCGAGAGGGUUUGAUCGAUACUGCUGUCAAGACUGCCGAGACAGGUUAUAUCCAACGUCGUCUGGUCAAGGCCCUGGAAGAUGUCAUGGUUUGCUACGAUGGCACUGUCCGGAACUCGCUUGGAGACCUUAUCCAGUUCGUUUACGGCGAGGAUGGCAUGGACGGAGCAUUCAUCGAACGUCAGAACAUUGAGACCUUCGCGCUCACCGACAAGGAAUUCGAGCAUGACUACCGUGUUGACGUCACCGAUCCUUCCGGCGGUUUCCUUCCCGGUGUACUCCAAGUCGGGUUGGACGACAGCUCUCUUGAACUUCAAGCGAAACUGGAUGAAGAGUUCACGCAGCUGUCGGAAGAUCGUCGUCUCAUGCGACAAUUCAUCUUCCCUCGUCAGGAUCCCACCAUGCCGCGGUACCUUCCAGUCAACCUGCAGCGUAUUGUCCAGAACGCCAUACAGAUCUUCCACAUCGACCGUCGAAAACCGAGUGAUCUGGAACCCGCCUACAUUAUUGACACUCUUCGCGAACUUUGCAGUCGGCUUGUCGUCGUCCGUGGCGAUGAUGCUCUUAGCGCGGAGGCGCAGGACAAUGCAACACUCAUGUUCCGUAUGCAUCUCCGUGCAACCUUUGCUGCCCGUCGCGUGCUGGAGAGAUACCACCUUAACCGAGAGGCUUUCGAGUGGAUCUUGGGUGAGGUCGAAGCCAAGUUCAACCAAGCGCUCGCCCAUCCGGGUGAAAUGUGUGGUACCCUCGCUGCCCAAUCGAUCGGAGAGCCGGCUACUCAGAUGACGCUGAACACGUUCCAUUACGCUGGUGUGUCCAGUAAGAACGUUACCCUUGGUGUCCCUCGUCUCAAGGAGAUCAUCAACGUGGCGACCAACAUCAAAACGCCUUCGCUUUCCGUCUACUUGGAGCCAGAAAUUUCGAAGGACGCUGUCCUUGCGAAGAAUGUCCAGCAGGAACUUGCGUACACUUCCCUCCGUACCGUUACUGCAGCAGUGGAGAUUUGGUAUGAUCCUGAUCCCCAGACGACCAUUAUCGAGGAGGAUGCCGUCUUCGUCGAAUCGUUCUUCGCAAUUCCCGACGAGGAAGUCGAGAACAAGAUGCACCUACAAUCGCCUUGGCUUCUCCGUCUGGAGCUAGACCGAGCAAAGAUGAUUGAUCGCAAGUUGGAAAUGUCGUACGUUGCUGGCCGCAUUGCCGAGAGCUUCAAGACGGAUCUCUUCGUAAUUUGGAGCGAAGACAACUCUGAGAAGCUCAUCAUUCGUUGCCGUGUACUGGGUGGUGCUGACAAAGAGGAAGAUGAAAUGGGCACAGUCGAGGAAGACAUAUUCCUUCGCCAACUGGAAAACACGAUGCUCAACACAGUGAGCUUACGGGGUGUCCCUGGUAUUGGACGUGUUUUCCUUAUGGAGUACGACAAGAUCACAGUGACUCCUGAGGGUAGCAUCUCCGCUCGUGGCGAGAAAGAAUGGGUGUUGGAAACGGACGGUGUUAACCUGAAGACUGUCAUGUGCGUCGAGGGCGUUGACUUCAAGCGGACAUAUUCGAACAGCUGCACGGAGGUCUUCCACGUGCUCGGUAUUGAAGCAGCUCGCGCUGCCAUCAUGAAGGAAUUGCGUGGUGUCAUCGAAUUCGACGGUUCAUAUGUCAAUUAUCGCCACCUCGCCUUGCUGUGCGACUUGAUGACCCAUAGGGGUACGCUCAUGGCUAUCACUCGGCACGGUAUUAAUCGCGCAGACACGGGAGCAUUAAUGAGAUGUUCGUUCGAGGAGACCGUCGAGAUUUUAAUGGAAGCCGCUGCGGUCGGCGAGAAGGACGAUUGUCAUGGCAUCGCGGAGAAUGUCAUGUUCGGACAGAUGGCACCCAUGGGUACCGGCGCGUUCGACAUAGCUCUUGACAUCGACAUGCUCAAGGACGUAAUCGUCGACCAUCGUAUCCCUGUCCACGCUAAUAUGUUGGCAGCACCGGUCGAUGGUGGAAUGACUCCUGGUCAGGUUGCGAUGACACCAUAUGACAGCACCUCACCUAUGUGGACACAAGAGGGAGCGUUCAAGGGUGAAUCAGCGGCAUUCUCUCCGUUGGCUGUCAAUGGUGGUGAGGACGCAGCGAGUUUCUCCUACUUGCCGUUUGGUACUAGUCCUCUGGGUGCUGGUGCAAUGUCACCAGCGGCGCCGGGUUAUAGUCCCAGCUCACCGAAUGCAUAUUCGCCGACGUCGCCAUAUGUACCACCCUCCCCUUACGGUGGUGCUACCUCACCGUUCGGUGCUACUUCGCCUUAUGCUACUUCCCCAUUCUACGACCGAGGCGGUGCUAGACCAACCUCGCCGACCUAUUCGCCGACGUCUCCUGCUCUGCAUCUCACAUCUCCGUCUUAUUCACCAACCAGUCCACAAUACUCUCCUACUUCGCCGUCGUUCUCCCCGACGUCUCCUGGGUACAGCCCACAAUCACCCUCAUUCAGCCCGACAUCUCCGCGAUACUCACCUACUAGUCCAUCAUUCAGUCCCGCAUCCCCUCGCUAUUCGCCAAGCAAGUACUUUUCUUUUCUGGUUUUGAAUGUUGCUAAUAUAUCACCCUUCACUCUCCGCUUCUCUUUAUACAGCUUCACCCGCACAGAUGUCUCCCGCGUCACCGAAGUACUCACCGACCUCCCCCGCCUCUCCUUCAUCGCCAAAAUACUCGCCGACUUCGCCAGCGUAUUCACCAGCCUGUAAGUCGCUUUUGUGCUAUUACCUGAUAUUGCUAACCGUUCCGGAACCGCUCUUUAGCCCCAGCAUACUCCCCGGCCUCGCCAGCAUACAGCCCGACGUCGCCACCCUGGUCACCAUCAAGUCCGGCACAACAACAGAACGGGGCGUCAUCGUCGAAUACCCAGAAUCGCAGUCACUCGUACAGCACUUCGCCUUCAUGGGAUUGAGGUUACUGUGUUUUGAUUGUUUUCCCUUUGUGUCCCUGCUCUCGUCCUGUCAUGUAUCUCGGACUCUGGUAAUGUUAAAUUUGCAAUGGUCGCAGCAGCCAGGCUGUAGUUCUUGGUUUGACGCACUGCUUUGGUGUAAAUGCACUGUGCCAUUCCGCGUCCGUAUCUUAUCUAGCGCUUUUCCCUUGCAAUCAUGUAGAAUAGCAGCAUUAAUAUCAUGUUUUGUCGCUAGUAUUGUCGUCCUCGCUGUGAACCCUUUCUAUGAGUUUGAGC